ACCAGAUGGCGGUUUAGGAUUGCUGCUCUUCUCUGAAGGCGCGGUUCCGCUCGCACGGCCAAUUUUCAAUAUAAAUAUACGAACUAUAUUAAAACAAAAAUCGAUUGUAUAUUUCGGAAGGUGAUAAUCGAUUUGGCGAUGGUUGUUAAAGGAGCAGAGGAGAGUUAAGUGCUGGCAAGUUGACCACAGUCCAUCCGGGGCCUGUCGUCCCUGCCCUUCCAGACCUUUCCUCCCUUCAGACCUCCAUCCUGCACCUGCAUCUUCUCACCUGAAUCAAACUCACUUCUGAAAACAAAACACAGGUCAACGACCAAGAUGAUCACCUCUGAGCUUCCUGUCCUACAGGACUCCUCCAAUGAGUCUGGGGCAACAGAUGCUGUCGGCUUAAGUUUGAACAUGACUGACAUGGAUGAUCCAGAAAUUAAAGGAAAAAAGAAGAGAGGGAGGCCUGGAAAACAACCAAUGACAUCCAAUAAGAAGCCACGGAAGACACCGACAGACAAGACAACGAGCAUGAGCAGAGGGCGAGGGAAAGCAAACGGGGUGGCUCAACAUAACGGAGAUGGGGGAGACCCUGUCACUCUGUUUGAAGUGGUCAAACUGGGCAAGAGCGCUAUGCAGUCUGUGGUGGACGAUUGGAUCGAGUCGUACAAACAAGACAGAGACCUGGCACUUUUGGACCUCAUCAAUUUUUUUAUCCAGUGCUCAGGUUGCAAAGGCACUGUGAGGAUUGAGAUGUUCAGGAACAUGCAGAAUGCAGAGAUCAUCCGUAAGAUGACAGAGGAGUUUGAUGAGGACAGUGGGGAUUAUCCUCUAACCAUGCCAGGCCCAAUGUGGAAAAAGUUCCGCUACAACUUCUGCGAGUUUAUUAGUGUUUUGAUUCGCCAGUGUCAGUACAGCAUCAUCUAUGAUGAGUACAUGAUGGACACCGUGAUCUCACUCCUCACCGGACUGUCCGACUCUCAAGUGCGAGCUUUCAGACACACCUCCACAUUAGCAGCGAUGAAGCUGAUGACAGCGCUGGUAAAUGUUGCACUGAAUCUCAGCAUACACCAGGACAACACACAGAGACAGUAUGAGGCUGAAAGGAACAAAAUAGCUGGAAAACGUGCCAAUGAGAAGCUGGAACUGCUGCUUCAGAAGAGGAAGGAGCUUCAAGAGAACCAAGAUGAAAUAGAGAAUAUGAUGAACUCCAUCUUUAAGGGCAUCUUUGUGCAUCGCUACAGGGAUGCUAUUGCUGAGAUCAGAGCCAUCUGCAUUGAGGAGAUCGGUGUGUGGAUGAAGAUGUACAGCGAUGCAUUUCUUAAUGACAGUUAUCUAAAAUAUGUUGGCUGGACACUACAUGAUAGGCAAGGGGAAGUGCGUCUGAAAUGCCUGAAGGCUCUGCAGAACCUCUACACAAACCGGGAACUGUUCCCCAAACUAGAGCUUUUCACUAACCGCUUCAAGGACCGGAUUGUAUCAAUGACACUGGAUAAGGAGUAUGAUGUGGCUGUAGAGGCCAUCAGGCUGGUUACACUCAUCCUGCAGGGCAGUGAAGACGCCUUGUCCAAUGAAGACUGUGAGAACGUGUACCACCUGGUUUACUCUGCUCACCGGCCUGUCGCUGUUGCUGCUGGAGAGUUUCUUCACAGGAAGUUGUUCAGUCGACAUGAUCCGCGGGCCGAAGAAGCGCUGGCUAAGCGAAGAGGGAGGAGCAGUCCCAACGGGAAUCUCAUCCGCAUGCUGGUGCUCUUUUUUCUGGAGAGUGAGCUCCAUGAGCAUGCAGCUUACCUGGUUGACUCGCUGUGGGAAAGUUCUCAGGAGCUGCUGAAAGACUGGGAGUGCAUGACUGAACUCCUGCUGGAGGAGCCGGUGCAGGGAGAAGAGAUGUUGUCAGACAAGCAGGAAAGUGCGCUGAUCGAGCUGACGGUGUGCACCAUCCGGCAGGCAGCGGAAGCACACCCACCUGUUGGAAGAGGCACAGGCAAACGAGUGCUGACAGCGAAGGAGAGGAAGACCCAGAUAGACGAUAAGAACAAACUCACGGAGCACUUCAUCAUGGCACUGCCAAUGUUAUUGUCCAAGUACCAGGCAGACUCUGAGAAGGUAGCCAAUCUGCUGCAGAUCCCACAGUUCUUUGACCUGGACGUGUACAGCGCAGGUCGCAUGGAGAAGCACUUGGAUGCCUUACUGAAGCAGAUCCGGCUGGUGGUGGAGAAGCACAUCGAGAUAGAUGUGCUUGAGGCCUGCAGUAAGACCUACAGCAUCCUCUGUUCGGAAGAGUACACUAUCAUGAACCGUGUUGACAUCGCCCGCUCCCAGCUCAUCGAUGAGAUGACUGAUCGAUUUGCACACUCGGUUGAAGAGUUGUUACAAGAGGCUGAGGAGGCAGACGAUGAUGAUAUCUACAAUGUAUUGUCAACACUUAAGCGACUUACAGCUUUCCAUAAUGCCCAUGACUUGACACGGUGGGAUUUGUUUGGGAGCUGCUACCGGCUGCUGAAGGCGGGCAUUGAACAGGGCUCCAUGCCGGAGCAGAUUGCCGUCCAGGCCCUGCAGUGCUCCCACUACUCCAUCCUCUGGCAGCUGGUCAAAAUCACAGAGGGUGUUCCCGGCAAGGAUGACCUGGUGGCUCUCAGGAGAGUGGUCAAGUCUUUUCUUGCUGUGUGCCAGCAGUGUCUGUCCAAUGUCAACACGCCAGUGAAAGAACAGGCUUUCAUGCUUCUCUGCGACCUGCUGAUGAUCUUUAGCCACCAGCUUAUCUCUGGUGGGAGGGAGGGCCUCCAGCCACUGGUGUUCAACCCAGACAGUACUCUGCAAAAUGAGCUGCUAAAUUUUGUCCUGGACCAUGUCUUCAUCGACCAGGAUGAUGAGAGCCAGAGCAUGGAGGGAGAUGAAGAGGACGAGGCCAACAAGAUUGAGGCUCUCCACAAGAGGAGAAACCUGCUUGCAGCUUUCUGUAAACUCAUCAUCUACGACAUUGUAGACAUGCCUGCUGCGGCUGACAUCUUCAAACACUACAUGAAGUACUACAACGAUUAUGGCGACAUCAUCAAGGAAACUCUAAGUAAAACCCGACAGACAGACAAGAUUCUCUGUGCAAAGACGCUCAUCCUCAGUCUGCAGCAGCUGUUCAACGAGCUGCUGCAGGAUCAAGGUCCCAACCUGGACCGAACAUCGUCUCACGUGAGCGGCAUCAAGGAGCUGGCCCGCCGUUUCGCCCUCACUUUCGGUCUGGAUCAGAUCAAGACCAGGGAGGCUGUCGCAACGCUACACAAGGACGGAAUCGAGUUUGCAUUUAAAUACCAGAAUCCUCGAGGAUCAGAGUUUCCACCUAUUAACCUGGCCUUCCUGGAGGUCCUGAGUGAAUUCUCCUCUAAAUUAAUCCGUCAAGACAAAAAGACAGUCCACUCUUACCUGGAGAAAUUCAUGUCAGAGUCCAUGUCGGAGCGUCGGGAGGACGUGUGGUUGCCUCUGAUCUCUUACAGGAACAGUCUGUUGACAGGAGGAGAUGAGGACCACAUGUCUGUCACGUCAGGCUCCAGCAGCAAAACCGGCUCAGUCCGCAGCAAGAAGGGACGACCGCCGCUGCACAAAAAACGCAUCGAGGGUGAGCAGGCAGCGCAGAGUUUGUCAGAGGAGAGUAGUGUGGAAAGCUCGUGGAUGAUGCGAAAUGACACCUUACAGACACCAGGGGCCCUGCAGACUCCACAGCUCACCUCAACAGUCCUCCGAGAGAACAGACCAGCAGAACACAUGCCGGACCCAGACUCCGAACCGGGAUCAGAAAACGACUUUGUGCACAAUCCUCAGAUGCAGAUGUCGUGGCUCAGCCAGCAGAAGAUGGAGGAGGUGAACAGAAAGGACCGAACGAGCAUGAACUACAUCAAGUCACGCAGCAAUCAGGGCGUCCGGCAGACUGUGCGUGGGCUGAUGGAGGAUGAUGCAGAGCCCAUCUUUGAGGAUGUGAUGAUGUCAUCGCGGGGCCAGCUAGAGGACAUGAACGAGGAGUUUGAAGAUACCAUGGUGAUCGACUUGCCACCAUCAAGGAACAGACGUGAAAGAGCGGAGUUAAGACCGGACUUCUUCGACUCAGCAGCAAUGAUUGAAGAUGAGUCGGGUUUCAGCAUGCCCAUGUUCUGAUCUGGAAAGAAGAAACAUUCCUUGGAUCUGAAUAUGGGGUUUUAGGAUGUCUAACUUGGAUCACCUGCCAAUCAAACUCUUAAGAAGAAUAAACAAUGUUCAAGUACAUAUCUCUUUCUCUAAGACAUGAUGGAAGGAUGCUUGUCAAGCGGAUCUACUGAUGGAUCCCACAACAGCUGGAUCUCACCUGGAAGCGAGGAUCUGCUCGGUUGUUUCACCCAGCCUGGAGGUUCCACAAUCUACUCUGAAUUAUUCAAGAGCUUCAUCUUGCUCGUGUUCUUCCUCCUCCUUCUUUUCAGUCUGUCGGUUUAGCUCUUGUUAGUCGUGGCAGCCGGCCCAUGAGCACUUGCAGUUUUUACAGCUCCCUGUUACACAGAUGUACAGUUGUUUGGCUCUGCUCGGGGUCAGCAUCACUGAGCGGCAUGACGCUCUGUACAGUCCCAUCCCCUUUUCUUUUGGUGUUGCACUUCAAUCCUCCUGGUAAAAUCCGGCCUAGAGAGGAUGUCAGUACUAAAUGUUCUAUCUCUUUGCUCUUCUUAGCACCCACUGACCUCUUCUCUGUUUGUCACCUCCCGUAUGUGGUGUACGAUGUGUAAAGUGUUGGUGAUGAUGAUGGUUAAGUAGUGGCACAUACACACAGAUGUCAACAGCUGUCAGCCAACCUGGAGGAAAAGACAUAACUGUCUUGUGUGUGCUGUCAAAGCAGAGAACAUGUUGACUGUGAAGCUGCAUCUCCAACCAGUCUUUGACAGAACACCUCCCCACACACACACUCAGUAACGGCUUUUUAAAGUAAAAAGAAAAAGUAAAAAAAAAAACAUAUUUUCAAUCCUGUAGCUUUAGUACUAAAGUUUUAAAUCAAGUGUGUUUUUGUUUGUCUGAUGUUUGUACAGUUUUUUUCUUGAAUAUGUAUCUUGUUUGUUGCCAAAUUGUGGCCUACAUACUUAAAAGUAUAUUCCAUCCCUGUCCUCCCUUUCACCUUUAAGUCAUAUCAAGACGGUUACCAAGGAUACCAGCUUUUAGGUGCUGUAUCAUUUGAUUGUAACCAUUUCACAAUUUAAGUAUUGAAGCAGAAUAUCGUUUGUUUUUGUUUGUUUUUUUUCCAUUUUAAAGGUUCAAACAAGUCACUUACAUUUUUGCACCUGCCAACAGUGUUAAUGGAUCCAAGAGGUUAAAGAUUUGGUGUUGUCAUUGUUCAUAUCCAGUGCAGUGAUGGAUCUUUGUGUCUGACAGAUGUGUUUGAAUGUGUUUUGAAUGUUUUCAGCCAUACCUUUAUUCACCCUCUUGUUGGGGUAAUCAAUCAUUUAUAACUUUUACUCACUGGCUGGAUGGCAGUCCUGUAAAUAUCAGAGACAAUUGGAUCUUUUCUGCAGUGCAGUUGACAUCAGUUGCCCUAAAAUACUCUUAAAAGCCUGUUUUGUUUUGCCUUUUGUUUUUUUCUGUGAACUUAAAUUCUUUUUAAUAAAAUCUGUAAUCAAUA